UUUCCAUUUACAGGCUUGUAUUGUAUAUCACAUCAUGGAACAAGUUGUGAUUUACGCACUAAACUAACACUACAACUAGACAUUGACAUUUGACUUAAACAAAAGUCUCCUCUUCAAAACAUUCACAUACACAUAUAUACCACAAACCAUAGAUUCCCUUUUGUCUUAUACCUUUUCAAAGUUAUACAACCAAUAAUGGAUGAGCUCCACGAAGCCGCGAUUGCUUAUUACAACAAUGGCUCCAUGGAACAGCAGAAUUUGUCGUGGCAGUUUUUCCGGGCAAUGGACGUUAACGGAGACGGCCGUGUCAGCCUUCAAGAGUACACCGAGUUCUUGCGUCAAACCGCUGGUUUAGCUUGGGUCCAUCCUGAGAUGUUUCGCGAGCUAGACCGAAAUGGAGAUGGUCAGCUCGACUUUUGGGAGGUCUUGACUCUUUACUAUGUGGCUCGGACCAGGACCAUUAGCUGCCGCACGUGCCUCCGGAUUCUCAAUGGCCUAUACUUCACGUGUGUCACAUGCUUUGAGUCUCCAUGUGGCAACACGUUUGAUCUUUGCGUCAAGUGUUAUAUGCGUCGGACGUAUUGUCAUCCACAUCGUCUCUUCUUGGAUAGUUAUGUCUUAUUACGAUCUAGGCGUAUCCACCAUCCUUUGCCGCCCGGCGAUCAAAACCUAGCCGAACAACAACCUUCGAGGAUGGGGUGGUGGAAUGCGUUGAGAGCAAUGGAAGUUGCACUUGCUGUUGGACAUCUCAGUGCUUUUUGCAUCAUUAUGUGAAAGAUCACUUUCUAUCUCAAAAUUUAUACAUUUUAUUUUGAUAUUUAAUUCUUUUAUACACAAUAAAACUUGCUUGAUUUUCUUUGCAUUUUUUUUUAAGAAAACAUAUAUAAAUUCAAGGCAACUGCAAAAACAAUAGUUUUUAAGCUCAUUAGAAUUUGUUUGACUUUUAGUAAGCUUGUUUGGAUCAGUUUGGAAAACUUUGGGUACAUGUAUAAAAUCCAUAUACUUUUUUUUUUUUGGUAGGAUAAAAUCCAUAUACUUUACAUGCAUGUAAUGAUGUAAAUCUUCAGUUUACAUGCAUGUUUAUCAACUCUGAGCAUGAGACCCGAGACCAUAUGUUAUAUGUCUGCGCGAAUUAAAUUUUGUGAUCUCCUCUAGGCAUAAACUUCAGCCAAACCUGUGGUAUUGAUUGGACAG